UUAUCUCACAGUGAGCAUGAGGAGGACCUGUAAUAAACACUGGCAGUAAGUUUUUCCUUCAUGUUGACGAAUUGUUUGAACAUGUAAGAACAAUUCCAUCUAAGCAGGAAGAUCGUUUUACGCGUUUGUUUGUCCGCUCGUUCGAUGCCUACCUACGUUUCUAAUAAGGGUGUGUAUUUGUAUUGGCAUUAGCAUUAGCACUAGCACUAGCACCCAUCCUGCAGUACAAUGUCAACAACACCAGAGGCACCAACAGGAGGAGCAGAUGCCCCCGUGUCUAAACCCAACCAGAUGUUUAAGAACUGCUGGGGCUGCCGGGUCAUUUCCGGCGGUGGUCUGAUCCUGUCUGGAGCUUAUGUGUUCAUGGCAGCCCGGAGAGUGAUGCGACAAGGCGGACCUACCUCUAUGGGCACAGUGGCACAGAUUACGUUCGCUGCAAGUCUGGCUGCGUGGGGACUCGUUGUCCUCGCUGACCCGGUAGGAAAAGCGCAGAGGAAAGACAACGUGAGAACUGUUCUCAAAUAGCUCAAGCCAUGGACUGACAGUAGUGCCAUUCAUGUGUCGAUAAUGACACCGAGUUAAAGACGCUACUUCCGAAAAUCUGCAGAUAAGUGUGUUAGUCUCGCGAAUAAACACGAGAAUUGAUUGUU